UAUAUGAACAAAUUCAAAGUACCUACGUUUUGUUUAUAAGCGGUCCCCAUAGUAACUUUUAUUAUGAAAUGCAAAUGUCGGGGUGUCCUUGUGGAGGGAAUGGACAAUAGCUACACCUGUUGUAUUCGUUAACCAAUAUAGGUACCUAUUUGUUAAGAUAUAUUUCACCCUUGUGUAAAUGUUAUUAGUUCUUUAACACUUGGGUAGUUUCUAUUAGCUUGUAUGUAGUUCCUUGCGCGAUAUUUUCUGUACAUAUAUUGCAUUCGACGUGCAUUAUGACUCAUGAGUGUUUUUUCUCCGUUUAUUGUUAUAAUACCCUCGACUGCAGUUUUAUUUUUUGUGCAGUGAUUUCUUAAAAGAUGGAGAAUAAACACACUAUUUAUUUCAAUAUGUGUCAUCAUUACCUGAAAAUAUUCAACGCUAAGCCAACAAUUGAUACUUCGCCACCAAAACCUCUUCAAAUUAAAAUCAAUUCUCAAUGGAACUUUGGUAGGAAUCCAUCAUCACCAUUUCGACUAAAAACACCAGCGCAAGAAAAAGUAAAAACAUUUCAGAAAGAACCAUAUUUGACCCAAGACAAUGCAGGUACCAUCACAUGUAAAUAUUAUUACCAGCAUCAUAACAAGAAAGAAGAGAGUAAACAUGAUGACAAAGCGUUUAAUGCACUAAACAAACCCUUCAAUCCUAGAAUAUUGAAAACAAGCGCGCAGUCCAAGCUUCGGAAUUUACGUGUUUACCAUCCACCGAGAAGGAAAAGGAUAAAGGCUACUGAACCCUCAUCGCCAUUACCUCAACAUAAUGAAGAUGAUAAAACGGACAAAUUUAUAUCUCAACCUUUAUUUAGUGAUAAAUCGUCUUUGAAGAAUUCUAAAAGACAGCAGUCACUCGCUUUUAUGGACCACAAUAGUUAUUCAGAAGAAUCCAGCGAAGAUUCCGCAUAUAACGAAGGAGAAGGUGUUUUAAGCGGAGAUAGUCGUGGUUCAACUCCUCAAAAUUUAUCUAAUAAGCAUCUGCCUGCUAAAUUAAUCAUGGCUGAUAAUAUUCAAUCUAAAAUUAUCAAUACUUCAAUCAAUAAAGUAAAGAAUGAAGUUUUUUACAUCCAGUUCUUGAAAGAUAUCACCAAUGAUAUCCUGAAGAAGAACAUUUUCACUAAUAAAGCUCUAAAAAGUGUUUUCCAACAUCACGUGCGAAUCAAUAAAUAUGAACUUGAAAUGGAAAAAAUGCAAAAAGAGAUAACCAAAUUACAAGAACGUCUAGGAGUACCUAAAGAUGAUAAAUUAGACGAUGAAAAUUACGGAUUAUGUAAAGACUCAUCCAUCUCAGAAUCGACUAAAUCAGCAGGAGAUUGCUUCCAUGACUCUUCUCAGCAAGAAAACCCAAUUUCUGUGGAUCAUACAAGUGAAGCAAUUCCUAAAAUCAAAGAGCCCAUUGAAGACGCGGAUACAUCAAAAGAACACGAAUACAGCGACGAUUUCAGUGAUUUUGAUAACCAUUCGGUAGCUUCGGAAAUAAGUAAUCGAGAAUCUAGUGAUGAGCACAUUUCAUACAAUACCGAAGAUAAUGAUAGAAUAUCCUCAGUCAGUGAUAAUGAAGAAAUCGAAGAAAAUGACAGCAGUAUUGCAGAGGAAGAGAAUAUAAGUCGAGGAGAAGAUUCUGAAAUCGAAUCGAGAUCAGAAAUGUCUGGAAAUUCUUGAAAAGUGUAAAGCUAAUCGAAUUUUUUUGAUGAAGGGGUUAAUUUUUAUAGAAAUUAAUUAAGUAUUUGUCAGUUUUUUUUUCUCAAAUACUCAUUAUUUUGUUUGAAGUCAAAAUGUAAUGUAUCAAAGACAUUAAGUAAAUAAAAUUUGAUAAUUUUUAAAA